UGACCACGUGCUGCCCGUCCCACACUACUGUCACAACAACUGAUAAUCGGCUACAAUAGUCUGGGUCAUAAACGCGAUGUAGACAGAGCUGCUACAUUGUUUCCGUUUUGAAUAGUUUUCAGAUAAACUACUUGGCGAUUGUGAAAGCUUUGGACAUCUGCAUCAACCAGAAUCAAAACCCUUAGCAUGUUUACACUCCGAAAUGUCAGUGUUGCAUGCAGAAGAUCAUCCGUUUUAACAUGGAGAGGUGUGAGUCAAAAAGUAGUUCAAAGACUGGACAUCAGUGGAGUUUAUCCUCCCAUCGCCACUCCAUUCACUCACAGUGAAGAUGUGGACUAUCAGAGACUCACUGACAAUCUUAAGAAGUAUGCUGACAUACCGUUCAGAGGUCUUGUAGUGCAGGGCUCUAAUGGAGAAUACCCAUACCUGACACCCGAGGAACGGGUUGAGGUGGUGAAGAAAGUGAGACAGGCCCUGCCUAAAGACAAGUUAGUCAUGGCUGGUUCUGGCUGUGAAUCCACACGGGCAACGAUCCAAAUGAGCCAAAGAAUGGCAGAUGCGGGUGCUGAAUGUGUGUUAGUGGUAACACCAUGUUUUUACCGCGGUCGUAUGGACAGCCGUGCUCUUAUAAACCACUACGCUCAGGUGGCAGAUUCCAGUUCAGUUCCAGUCGUUUUGUACAGCGUGCCAGCAAACACUGGUCUCGACCUGCCUCUGGAUGCCAUCAUUCAACUUUCCCAGCAUCCAAAUAUUGUCGGCCUCAAAGAUAGUGGUGGUGAUAUCACAAGAAUAGCUCUGAUUGUGCACAAAACCAGAUCGCAGGGUUUCCAGGUGCUUGCGGGAUCAGCUGGGUUCCUCAUGGCUGCGUACUCCGUAGGGGCCGUUGGAGGCGUGUGUGCCCUCGCAAAUGUCCUGGGUCAGCAGGUGUGCGAGCUGGCACAGCUGUGCGUUUCAGGUCGCUGGGACGAGGCCAGAGAGCUCCAGUAUCGCCUCAUCGAACCCAACACAGCAGUAACUCGGCAGUACGGCGUCCCGGCUUUGAAACAAGCAAUGGAGUGGUUUGGAUAUCAUGGUGGGGUGUGUCGGACCCCCCUGCAGCCACUAUCACAAACAGAUAUAGAUCAGCUUCAAGUAAAAUUCACCUCUAAUGGUUGGCUAUAAAUAUUGGUUAUUAAGCACCAAUGAUUUGAAUGCUUAACAAUAAAUAAUGUCUUACUCUAAAAUCCUUUUUUUUUUAAUUAACCUCAUGUUCAGUAAACUGACUAAAAAAUCUCAGGUAUUGUUGUAAUAUUAGAUGAACCUAUUGAAGAUAUUAAGGUACAACCACAAGUGGGCGCUCUAACCCACCUAGAAGCCCUCUUAGGACUGUCGGAUGAGAUGCAAACCUGUGAUCACCUCUAAAAAGGAUGAAAAGCAUUGGUAUAUGAGUCAUGCCGAGCCAAAGAGUAGAUUGUCGGAGGAAUGAGAAAAAAAAUGGCUACGUCUUCUGACUUCUCGCUGGGAGCAAAAUGACACGAAACUCAAGAUGAAGAGCAGUCAUUAUCUCCUCUCUUUACCUCAUUUUCAGUCUAUUUACAGUGCUGUCGCUGUGACAUUAAGUUUUUUUCCCCCUUGUCAAGCUCUUGUCUGAUUGUCCUUGUUGCCAAACCUUGGUUUAACAUUUUCUUUUCACAUCUCUGUACAUUUCUACACAACAAAUGGCAUGUCCACCUUUGUAGACAGUUAGUCAAAACGAACAGACCUGAUACUCUGGCAAGAUGCUUAAAAUGUAUUUGUAUAACUUUCCUAUCCUUUUGACCAAUAUUUGUCUCUUGAGCUUUUGGCCUUACCGCUUUCACACUUGCAUGUACAGUAUGCAAGGCAUCCUUUCCCAUAUAGAUGUCAGUCAGGCUUAAACAAGUGUUUGCCAACAAAGAUGGGUCCUACUUUGCAUUGUGUCUUUAACUGCUUUUUCUUAACUUUCAUAAGAAAAUGUUUUCACUGUAGCUAUUGUGUACAUAUGCAGUAUGUGUUGUUGUAUUGUACAAUUUCAAGUAUCUGCAUGUCAUUACACUCUUGACCCUAAAUCCACGACGAACUUUAAACCUACAGUGUACAACACAUAUGUUCAAAAUAAAUACAGAGUUUAAAUGUUAAAGCGUUUAAAGGGAUAGUUAACCCAAAAAUAAAAAUUAUGCCAUCAUU